UUGGAGAACUUGGGUUCAAAUUUUCAACGGUAUUGAAUGAAUCCCGCGGCGGUUCUUGCGGGCGCUCGGGUGUUACAGCUGAGACAAGGUUCUUUAAAAUAAGUACUUGCCAGACUUCAAGAUUUCAGAAAAGAGGUGAAAGAAUAUAUUGCAACUUUGACUGGACUGGCAGAUUAAACCACAGAAAGGUGACCUGUUGAGAAAAGUGACACAGAUACUGGGAAAAACCGGCUCUUCUGUGCGAAGGCAGGGACAAUGUCACAGGUUAAAGCCUCUUAUUCCUAUGAUGCUCCCAUGGACUUCAUCAAUUUUACAUCUUUGAAUGAUGAGGAAGAAACCCAAAAUGUAGACUCGUGGUUUGAGGAGAAGGCCAAUUUGGAGAAUAAACUUCCUGGGAAGAAUGGUACAGGAGGGCUUUUUCAGGACAAGACUCCUUUGAGGAAGGCUAAUCCUCAGCAAGCUAUUGUCACACCUUUCAGACCAGUUGACAACACUUACUACAAGGAGGCAGAAAAAGAAAAUCUGGUGCAACAAUCCAUUCCAUCAAAUGCUUAUUCUUCUCUAGAAGUCAAGGGAACCACCUCCAGAAACACUCCAGCCCAGUCUCAGAGAUCUGUUAGACUCUCUGCUCGGAAGAAUUUGGCACAGAACGAAAAACACCAAAUACAAACGAAAGCCAAGAGAUGUGCUACUCCUGUAAUCAUCAAUGAAAUUCCACCGUCCAAAAGAAUGAAAGUUUCUAACAAAAAAAAGCCAGAAGAGGAAGAAGGCAGUGCUCUUCAAGAUACUUCUGAAACGAAUGAGUGUUCUCCAGAGAAAGUGAAGGGCAGACAUACUGUGCCUUGUAUACCACCUGUAAGGCAAAAGAUUCUAAAAAGUACCGAGGAGCAAGAGUUGGAGAAGAGCAUGAAGAUGCAGCAGGAGGUGAUGGAGAUGCGGAAAAAGAAUGAAGAAUUCAAGAAACUCGCUCUUGCAGGAGCAGGGCAACCUGUGAAGAAAUUGGUGAGCCAGGUUACCAAAUCAGUUGACUUCCACUUCCGCACAGAUGAGCGAAUCAAACAACAUCCUAAGAGCCAGGAGGAGUAUAAGGCAGUGAACUUCACAUCUGAACUACGAAAGCAUCCUCCAUCUCCUGCCCGAGUGUCUAAGGGAUGCACCAUUGUAAAGCCUUUCAACCUGUCCCAAGGAAAGAAAAGAACAUUUGAUGAAACAGCUUGUCAGUAUGUGCCCUUUGCACAGCAGGUCGAAGCCUUCUAUAAACGAACCCCUAACAGAUACCACUUGAGGAGCAAGAAGGAUGACAUUACUCUGUUACCCUCCAAAUCUGCUGUGGGCAAGAUUUCCAGAGACCCACAGACUCCUGUUCUGCAAACCAAAAAGCGCGCAAGACCUGUAACCUGCAAAAGCACCGCGGAACAGGAGGCCGAGGAGCUCGAGAAACUGCAACAAUACAAAUUCAAAGCUCGGGAACUUGAUCCCCGGAUUCUUGAAGGUGGACCCAUCUUGCCCAAGAAACCACCUGUGAAGCCACCCACUCAGCCUGUUGGCUUUGAUUUGGAAAUCGAGAAAAGAAUCCAGGAGCGUGAAUCAAAGAAGAAAUCAGAGGAUGAACACUUUGAAUUUCAUUCCAGACCUUGCCCGACUAAGAUCUUGGAAGAUGUUGUGGGUGUUCCUGAAAAGAAGGUGCUUCCAAUCACCGUCCCCAAGUCACCAGCCUUCGCAUUGAAGAACAGAAUCCGAAUGCCCACCAACGACGAGGAAGAGGAACCGGUAGUGAUAAGAGCUCAACCUGUGCCACAUUUUGGGGUACCUUUUAAGCCCCACAUCCCAGAGGCAAAAACUGUGGAAAUAUGUCCUUUCUCUUUUGAUUCUCGGGACAAAGAACGUCAGUUACAGAAGGAGAAGAAAAUAAAAGAACUGCAGAAAGGGGAGGUGCCCAAGUUCAAGGCGCUUCCUUUGCCUCUGUUUGACACUGUUAACCUGCCAGAGAAGAAGGUGAAGAAUGCAACCCAGAUUGAGCCUUUCUGCUUGGAGACUGACAAAAGAGGAGCUAUGAAGGCACAGACUUGGAAGCACCAGCUGGAGGAAGAACUGAAACAGCAGAAAGAAGCAACUUGCUUCAAGGCUCGUCCGAACACCGUCAUCUCCCAGGAGCCCUUUGUUCCCAAGAAAGAGAAAAAAUCCGUUGCUGAGGGCCUUUCUGGUUCUCUAGUUCAGGAACCUUUCGAGCUGGCCACUGAGAGGCGAGCCAAGGAGCGGCAAGAGCUGGAGAAGAAAAUGGCCGAGGCAGAAGCCCAGAGAGCCCAGCAGCUGGAGGAGGCCAGGCAGCAGGAGGAGGAGCAGCAGCAGAAGGAGCUGGCCAGGCUACGGAAGGAGCUGGUGCACAAGGCAAACCCAAUACGCAAGUACCAGGCUGUGGAGGUGAAGUCAAGUGACCAGCCUCUGACUGUGCCUGUGUCUCCCAAGUUCUCCACUCGAUUCCACUGCUAAACUCGGCUGUGAGCGCAGACACCACCUGGGAACAGGAGCUGCUCUUCCCAUCAGACCAGGAGCCUUCUUUCUUUUCACCAGGGCAUGGAGAGAACCCGUUUCUCCAGACUUUUUCCUCACCAGUGCCCAGCAAACCGUACCUGACAAAUGUGGACUCUAAUUUUGUUGAGAAUUGUUUUCCUACUUUACUGAGGCUAAUAAUAAUGAGACUCAACUCACAUAUGUCUCGCUCAGACUCCAUGUAGUUACUUCCUUUGAACCAUCAGUUGCCCUUUAAUAUGGGUCUUAACUCUGACUAGAAUUGAAAGCCUCUGUAUCAGCAGUGUAAUUUCUAUUGCCCUUUCCCUCACUCCCUUUUUUUUUUUUUUUCCUAUUUUAAUCAGAAAAUAAAGAUAGUAAAAUACUGAGAUAGGAUUUAAGUCAUGGCUUCAAUGAGGAACAAUCAGGGUAUCAGAUUCUUUCCUCUUCUCUGCACAAAAUGCAUUUACAGUUGAGGAGCCCUUUGCUGAGGGGGAGAGCCUCAUUAACUGCACAGCCAGGAGAGGCCUGCGUGGAGCGCUGGGGAGCCUCCCAGCUGCCAUCUGCAAGCUUUGGGCAGAGCUGCUGCUAAGACACCAGUGCCGGUAACAGGGAACACUGUGCAGCACACCUUUCAAGCCCUCCAGUAACCUGGGCUGGAGUAAAUGUUUGUCUUCCCCUCCCUGAUUUUGUAAUGUGAUAUUUUAAGUUUGUCAAGCCCCUUUGGAGGUCCUAUCUUAUUGGGGAAAUGGGUAUUUUGAGAGGAAGGUCCAGGAACGUUUAAAAGCACAGGCUUUCCCUAAAGGAAAGUGCUUUGUAACUGUUUUCUGUCUUAUGUCAGCAUAUCCUUCCAUGUUUGUUGACUCCCUCCCAGGAGCCACUCGGGAAGACAACCGUGUGUGUUACGCCUUUACACAGACUGUGCCUUCUUCCCUAAAUGUGCUUUUUUUCAUCUGGUGAACUCUUUCUUAUAAGACUCAGCUCAAGUAAAAUCUUUAUAAAUCCUUCCUUGACCACCUGACCUCCUCAGGUGAUGACGAUUCCUUCCUUUUUAGUGCCUCCCAUGUGUUCCUUGUGUGUAUCUCUAGUACAGCAGUUACACUGCUGAGUUAUUUGUACUCGUUCACAAACUAGUAGGGACAUAGGUACUUAAAAUUAUCUUAGUGCUUGAAGACAAAAAUCUUACUCAUCUCUGUAUUUCUCGUAGCUGGCACAGAAUUCACUAGGUCCCUGUUAAAUAGUGUGUUUUCUUUUAGACUUGACAUUAUUUAUGAACCCUACUCUGCACCAGUCAGCUACUCCUGUGCCAGGAGAUAUAAAAGCAUCCAUAUGUUCUGCCCAGGCCAGUCCCAGGUACCGAGUAUGAUAUUAAACCCAUUCUAUAUUCCUUUCGUUUAUUCAUUCAGUGAGCAUUAUGUACAAGCCAUUGCAGAUUCAGCAAGAAGUGAUUUGCAGAUCCCUGGGCCUCCUCAAGUCCCACAAACUGAUGCAAAAUACGGUUCCUUUCCUUUAUUCAUUUCCUGGAUGUAUGUGGUAUACAGUUCCUUAACUACUUAUGUAGUUUAUUUAACAACUAUUAAUUUGGUGCUAACUAUAUAUAACUUGGCGCUGCUCUGGCCUCUAGGAAUAUAGAUAGUAGUGAACAAAAAUAGAAGACCUUAUCUUCAUGGAGCUUACUUUUUAGGAGGGGAGACAUACAAUAAGACAAUAAUAACAAGUGACUGCCCUCUCUUGUCAGGUGAUAAAUGUUUCCUUGACUGACAGCUGUGUGGAGAAUAGACCGGUGGGGAGAGGGGGGGCAUGUGAGAUUGGAAACGGGAAGGUGAGAAGGUUCUUGCAGUUGUCCAGGUGACAGCUCAUGGUGGCUUGAGCUAUGGUGGUAGCAGUGGAGGUGGUAAGAAAUGGUUGGAUUCUGAAUGUAUUGUGAAGUUGUAACUGACAAGACUUGCUAACAGGUUGGACGUGGAGAGUGAGAGAAAGGGACGUUAAGGAGGGCUCCCAGGUAUCAGCCCCAAACAGAUGCAGCGUUCUCCAUCCCUUGUACUCUGAGAAAUCCAAUUCUACCCCAGUCCUCAUAUCUCAUGAGGAUUCUCAGGGUGCACAUUUUUUUUUCUGGUCACCUCUUGCUUUGGUUUUUCCACUUCUGUUAAUCUCUUGGUUCCCCUCUUUGUCUGUCUUGUGUAACUUUUCUCCCUACUUUGUACCAGUGGUUCUCUUCUGAUAGUUCACUGUCAUUCAUAUAUUUCCAUCUGGUAUGUUUUCUUCAUUGUCCAUUUUUUUGUUUUGGUUGUUUCAUGUAGGAGAAUAAAUCCAGCCCUCCAGUUGAGGCUUUUGGAAAGAGCAUUAUUGACUAUUGUGGACCUAUGGGAUCCUUCCAUCCCAUUUGCUUCCUUCUGGAUUACCUCCUCCAGACACACCCACAUCAGGGUGGUGAUGUGUGAUGGUCUUUUUGAGACAACAAAGAGGGACUUCAUUACUUUAGAGCCAAUAGCUUAAAAUUGAGGUGCAGACAUCAUUGCCUCUUGCUUCCCAGAAUUUCUGUUUCCCAGUGGCUCUCUCUUUCUCCGGUCUAAUGUUGAGCUCUCUCUGGACCUCCUCACAUGACCUUCGUUUUUCUAGCACAGCCACCCUUUCCCCUCCCCCCCCCGGCACUCAAACUCCCCCCAUUAAUUUUACAGAGAAAUUCAGGUUCUUGAUCCCUUCAGACCAUGUCCAAGAGGGAGCCUCUCUUUCAGCACUUGGGUCACUCUGAAAUUUUCCUAAACAAAGCAUGUCCUCUGAUAGGAAUUCACUGAAUUCUACUGAGAUCUGGCUGUCACACUUUGCUUGACAGUUUUGCAAAGCUCCUAGCACUUGCGCACAUGCAAGCUGUUGGAAUUCCCACAGUUUCUGGAAGGACUGUUUUGUUUUCAGUGUUGUUUUGACUUGGCCAUGGUUUCCCACUGCUAAUAGUCUUGGGUUAAUUAAUAUAAGAUUACUGUUCACUCUUAACUUCGGUUGAUGGUUUAGUUCUUGUGCAAUUGCUUUGUUGCCAUCUUGACUGCUGUUUUAUUUCUCACGGGUUCUUUUCCACGGGGUUUUGUCUCUGGAAAGUGGAGCUUGAGUGGUAGACAGGCUGUAGCUUCAGUUGUUCCAGCGUUUAGCAGAGAGCUGUACACAAGUAAUUGUAACACAAGAUGGAUGUGAUUGAGUAACUUGAGACCGAACAAGUGCUGAGGGAGUUUAGAGAUUCUCCUUGGAGGUGAGGUUGCAGUUCUCAAAGAUGUUUUCCUUUCUUUCUUUCUUUCUUUCUUUCUUUCUUUCUUUCUUUCUUUCUUUCUUUCUUUCUUUCUUUCUUUCUUUCUUUCUUUUCUUUUCUUUCGAGUAAAAAUGACGAAAGUAUUACUGCCUUUUGAAAACAAAACAAUACAGACUACAUAGAAUAAAACAUGAACAUCUUACUUCCCCUAUUCCCCUUCCCCAGGAUUCACCCAUCAUUAACAGUCGUGUAUUCUUCUAGCAUAUUUUUUAUGUACACACACAGAUUUAUAGAUCAUUUUUCUUUUUUAUAACGAUAAGAUUAUAGCAUUCUGCAUUUGCUUUUCAUUUUAAUUUGUCCUUUGAAAGGUUAUACAUUCACAUGGUUCAAAAUUCAGAAGCUACCCAGGUAACAUAAAGCCUUCUAUCUCUUCCCCUCGCUACUCAGUUCCCCUCCACAGAGAUCGUGCUGCCAGUGUGGUCCCUUGCCAAGAUGGCUUCUGCAUAUACGUAUUCCUACCUCUCCCUUUUAUUUUUGCACAAAUGGUAUCAUACUCUACACUCUGUUCCUUGAUCUUUUCCUAUGUUCUGCAUUGAGUGAUGUGGUUCAGGUGCUGUUUUGGGCAUGUCCGGGCACUUCCUCCUGACUGAAGUAUGAAGCCUCUUAUUGGAAUCUAGUGACAGAGGCAGACCUGUAAUGGGGGUCUAGUUCCUCUAUAUGAUGUCCUAGUCCAGCGACCUGAGGUCCCAAGGACUCGAGGGCAGGUCGGCAACACCUGGUCUUUUAGCUCCUGGCUUAGCUGAGCCUUUGGGGGUUUUUUGGCUUGAGUAUCUGGUUAAACCUGUGUAGCACCUUGGAGAAAUCUUGACGUUGCUUUCUUUUGGUUCCCUUCUGAAUCUUGUCUGCUGGGGAAGUUCCUCAUUGCUGAGGGUAGCAGUUAAAAAAGCUGUCCAUUAGCCACGUGGCUGGGCUCCUGUUUCUGCGCAGGCAGGCCGAGUUACAGCGUGGUGGUGCGGAUCCAGGUAGGACUCCGUCAGCAUUCUGAACCCUGAGCUGCCGUCUGCCUUGCAGCCUGCCGGGAUGCUCAGUUUAGACAACAUAUAAAGUUUCCUGGAUACGGGACAGACCCAGGCCUAUGGAAAGAGCAGGGAGGUUAAAGUGUGUGGUACUUUGAGCAGUGACGAAGGCGUCACCAGGGAGAUGACAUGUUUGCUCCGACGCCAAGAAUGCCAGGACAAUUUGUUAUCCAGCUGAAGCCAGUGGAGUUGCUACAAAAAAGAAGCCUGUGGACAAACACGUACUUUUUCCCCGUUACCUUUGUCUGCUUGCCUACCCACUCUUCUAGUGCUGUAGUGAAGGCUACCAACAUCAAAAAUGUCUGAUGGUAUUUGCUAUUCUCUUGCAAGAGAAUAAGAGGCUGGACUCAGACCAAAGCAUGGCUUUUAUGUACUGAAGGUAUCAGCUUCCUGAAAGGGCUUGACAAAUGCUGUCAUUUCACUCGUAGAAACCAUAGUUGGAGGGGGAGGGAUGGUGAAAGGCUUAGGAAAAGACUAGGUUUUAUUUAGGAACUAUUUCACCAGACUAAGCCUAAACCUGAAGAUAUCAAUUUGCCCUUUCCCCUUUCCUUCACCUUUUAUUAGGAAAGAAAAUCCUGGCUCGUCCGAUCUGCAGAGACCCAUGUAGUUAUGGGGCUGGUAUCCCAGGACCUCACAGGCAGGUGUGUGAAUGGGCCGAGAACGGUAGCCAAGCGCUGUUGCCCAGCUGGCUUUGGCACCAGCGGUAUUCUCGCAGGUCUUUCAAGAGCAAGGGUGGGAGCCGCCGUUUGCAGCUCGUCAAGAUACUGCAGAGUCAGUGGUUGUAAAUAAUAAUAUGAAAACCAGUUUGGGCAGCAUUGUUGAGGCUUGCUUGGUGGUAAUAAGGAGAAAUGGAACCCUCUAGCCCGACACUGACAGACUUUCACUCAUGGGCACUCAUGCACACAACCUCUGUCACUUAGAAAACCCACUAAGUGAAUAGAAAGUCACUUUUAAGUUUUCUAUAUGCAAAAAUCUCACAACACUGUUGUUUUUAGUUUUAAAAAUUAGGGUUUAUUGGUAAUUACAUACAGUCCAGAAUAUACCUGGUAAUAAUAGGAGGAAGAAAAAAAAAUCUAUGGUCCCAUUACCCACCUUAAACACUGGUGUUUCUUUGUAUAAUCUCUAUUUUUGUGUGUGUAUAAAACUUUUAUGUUUUUACAUUGUGGGGUUUUUUGGUAUAUACUGCUUUUUUCGCUUAGCAUAGUUGUAACUCAAAUAUUUUUCUUAAAUCACUGCAUUCUUUGUUAAUACCAAUUUUAACAGCAGCAUACUGUUCCACUGUUCCGGUUUGCUUCUCUGUUGAAAAUGCUUGUUUUGCAAAGGAUUUUUCUAGACUCUAUUUAUUGGACAAAUUUGCCUAUAUUUACUUCCUUCUAAUGUAUCGUGACUGUCUCAACUUUAAAUGGCUGUUUCAAACCACUUAGUCAAUCUUUGUAAUUAAAAUGUUUAAAGAAAAUGUAA